GCGGGCAGCGAGACGGAGACGGCCAGCGGGGCAGCUGAAAAAGCCUAUCUCCUAUCGCCCCCGGGGAGGAAUCGCCGCCCACGCCCGCAGAGGCAAGGGGUCGGGGGGGAGGAAGGGGAAUAAGCAAGCGGGGGAGAGCGACCGGCGGCGGCGGCCCACAUGCCGAUCGCCUACAGCCUCCGAGCGCCGCCCUCCGCCACGCAGCAGCGCCUCAGGCUGCCCCCUCCGCCGCCGCCGCCGCCGUUCGCGGCGGCGCCGCCGGAUGCGGGGGCCGCGCGGCGGAGGAUGGCUGUCGGGGUGGCGGCCGCGUCCGCGUCGCCCUUCGACGAGCUCCACGCGCGGGGGAGGCCCGUACACGGACCCUCCAAGAAAUCCAUGCUCUGGAACUUGAUCCAGGAUAUAGAGCCCUUGGACCUAAGUGUCAUUCAGAAAGAUGUUGCUCCUGAAACAGUAGAUGCAAUGAAGAGGACCAUAUCUGGCAUGUUGGGUCUGCUUCCAUCUGAUCAGUUCCGUGUUGUUGUAGAAGCCCUUUGGAAUCCCUUCUUCAAGUUAUUGGUAUCUUCAAUUAUGACUGGGUAUACUCUACGUAAUGCUGAAUACAGGCUUUCUUUUGAAAGAAACCUAGAAUUGUCUGAAGAAGAUGCAGAAUGUCCAAAAAGUGAUAUCACUGAAGACAAUCAUCAUAGCAUCAAUUUGGGUAGACCUGUCACUAUUUUUAGAUUAUCAGAAGAGGACAUGCCCCAGGAUCCUGGAAAAAGUGAUGAAGAAUCAUCACAUGAAAGUAUGGGAGAAGAGCUUGGUAACUUAACACCUCAAGCAGAAGAGUACAUUAUUCAGAUGCAAUCUCGUUUGGAUGCCAUGAAAAAGGAGUUACAUGACCUCAGGAGAAAGAAUUCUGCCCUACAGAUGCAACAGUUUGUUGGAGAGGAAAAAAAUGACUUGCUGGACUAUUUGAGAUCACUAACACCAGAGAAGGUUGCUGAACUAUCAGAGUCUACGUGUCCCGGCGUGCAAGAAGCAAUUCAUUCUGUGGUUCACGGUCUGCUUGCUACUCUUUCCCCCAAGAUACACUCAAAGGCCCCUCCGCCACUAGAGAACACUUCUGGGGGUGCCCUAAACCUAGGGGGUGAGGAUGACGACCGUGCGGAGCUUGUCGAGAAUGCUUCCCUCCCGUUCCAGCCUCUAAUAUCUGUUCCCCGUGAUUAUCUUGCACGUUUGCUCUUCUGGUGCAUGCUGCUGGGUCACUACAUCCGGGGUCUGGAGUACCGGUUAGAACUGACGCUGCUUCUGCGAAUGUCCAGUGAUGUGGGUUCUUUCACUAAUGGUGAUGAUCAUGUUUGAGAAUGCCAAGUUCACUGACAUUCCCCACCGCCACUGGAGAGAAUUGCAACGCUGGCUGAGAAAUGGUGGAGCUGGUGGUUACAAUGCGUUCCCUGUACAGAGCAUGCCCAAAUACAGGGAGCACUACUGAGCUAUAUAGUUCCUGUUGUAGUUCUUGUAAAUUCAGAAAACAGCCACUCGAGUGUAAAGCUAGUGUUAUAUAUGGACGUGAACUACUCUCUUUUUCUUCUUUUGAUGUUGUGCCGUAUAAGAAAAAAUUUGGCUGUUCGUUGCUGUUAAUCUUGUGGUAGCAUGAUAGGUAUCCUUGUAUUUUAGUUGUAUGUAUUUGUUGGCUGUGAUUGUUGUCCAUUUA